AUGAUUGACUAUUACACAGCAACAACAGGAGCAAAGGUGCGGAGUUGUGGAGGAAUCAAGUUCGCGUCAUCCCUGGUCGAGUUCCGCAAGUUGUUCUUGAAGGAUCUCACCAUCGCUUUGACUCUCGGUGGCAUCGCUGGUGCCGGUUGGUGGAACUUGUACCAUCUUCCCCAAGUCCAACGUCGUGAUGCUUUCUACGCCAAGCUCGAGGCUAGCAAGAGCCAGUAA